GUAGCUUGAGCCACAAUGGAUGAGAUCCGGCAUCUGUUUGGUACCAUGGGGCGCGUUCGUUCUGACAGCAUGGCCAGCGCUGACACUCAAUCCACGGGCAGCCGCCUGCUGCUGCGCCAGCGCCUUACCCAGCUAAUGACUUGUGUGGAUGACCUGGACCCCGGCGACAAGCUACACGAUCAGGUGGCCCGAACCUUGGACAAUGCCUUUUUAAUCUGCGGGAAGAAGGCUGGUCGCAUCAAGAGAGACCCUUUCAGACUGCACAUGGUCACGUGGAAUGUUGCCUCUGCUGACCCUCCUGAAGAUGUCACCUCCCUGCUUCACCUUAACUCCCCCAAGACACCAGACCUCUAUGUCAUUGGUCUCCAGGAGGUAUACGCUGCUCCUCACAGGUUCGUCUCAGACUUGGCAUUUGACGACUCCUGGAGCCACCUGUUCAUGUCUACCUUAGGAGGACGAGGCUAUAUGAAGGUGUCGUCCAUUAGAAUGCAGGGCCUCUUAUUGCUGUUCUUUUCUAAGCUGAUUCACAUUCCCUUCAUAAGAGACAUCCAGGCUACAUACACACGCACUGGAAUCUUUGGCUACUGGGGGAACAAAGGGGGCGUUUCCAUCCGCCUGUCCUUUUAUGGUCACAUGAUCUGCUUCCUGAACUGCCACUUGGCCGCUCAUAUGCAGUAUGCCACGGAACGCGUUGACGAGUUUGAGUACAUUCUGGACAGACAGACUUUCCACGCCAAGAAGACGCCUUGCAUCCUCGAUCACAAGUUGGUUUUCUGGUUGGGGGAUCUCAACUUCCGUAUCCAGGAUCACGGCAUGCACUUCUUACGCUCCUGCAUAAACAGUCAAAGUUUUAACCUGUUGUGGAGCAAAGACCAGCUGACCAUGAUGAAGAAGAAGGAGCCACUGCUCCAGGAGUUUGAGGAAGGACCUCUAGAUUUCCAGCCCACAUUCAAGUUUGACAGGCUCUCUGACAAUUAUGACAGCAGGCCCUACAGGACAUGGUUUGCUCUUGACGGGAAGAAACGUAAGCCUGCCUGGACAGACAGAAUCCUGUGGCGCAUGAAGCCCAAAGCCCUGCCCAGCGACCGGGAAGACGAGGAGGAGGACUCAGGAUUGGACGAGAAGCUGGCCGUUUCAGUGAAAGCAGAGGAAGAGGAGGAGUUUCCUCUGAAAGUCAAGCUAGACUCGUACGUCAGCAACAUGGAGUACCGCAUCAGCGACCACAAACCUGUCAUAGGCCUUUUUACCAUGGAGUUGAAGAAAAUGUAUGAGACUCCCCUGGUGCGUGUGUAUGCUGAGGGGGAUUGGAGCGCUGACAUGGACGCCAUGGCAGUUUACAGCCCCCAGCAGCCCUUCCCCUCUAGCACCUGGGACUGGAUUGGCCUGUACGAGGUGGGAUUCACAUGCCUGUCAGAUUACCUUACCUACACCUGGGUGAAAGAUGACCAGGUCUCCUUUAAUGAUGAGGUCAUACAGGUGUAUGUGAGUAAGGAAGAGAUCCCGGUGAGGGGAGGAGAGUGUGUCCUCUGCUACUACAGCAGCACUCUGCAGUGCAUCAUUGGCAUCAGCCCCCCCUUUAAGGUGAACGAGUCUAAAGUAACUGUCGAGAUGGGCAUGGCUCCAGACAACAUCAACUGGCUAGACAAGCUAACAGACAGUUAAUUUAAAGCACUGUUGGGUUGAUGAAGUGCUCAUCUAUUACCAUACGGAAUGAGAUGGAAGGCACGUUUUGAGUGAGAAUGUGUGAUGAUGAUUCAAAUGCAGAGCUUGCAGGACCAGAAAUGGCCUUAAAGGCAGUCAGUACUGUUACAUUUCCGCUUCUACCUUCUCUCCACUAUUUAUUCUUUUUGCUUCUCUUUCCUUUUUUUGUAACAGUAUGGGAUUUUGCUCUCAGUCAUCUUGUCUUCUUUUCUCUCUCCUCACUUUUCUUCUGGACCGUUCGCUCUAUUGCUGCUGAGACAUCACUAAAUAACCUGGUUCAGAUCCUUUCUAAUAAUCCUUUUCUAAUAUAUCAGCACUCUGUUGAGCUCGCACAACCAAAACCUUAAAAUAGUCCCCACAUACCUGCACUCCAGGCAGAUUUAAGUGAAUCUGCACUGAGUACAGAUUUCAGAUAUUGUCAAUUACUGGUCUGAUUUCUAGCUACAUGGUCAGUGCCCCUUCCUUUUUAUAGAACCAUGACUAUAGUUAUACAAUAUUUAUCUUCUUCUCCAAUGACACCGAUGAUACAAGACUGUUUACCAUAGUUUUUUUCUGGUCAGUUUUAAAUUUAUUCUCAAGUAAAUGUUCUCUAUUUAUAAUUUUUUUUUUAAAAGAGUUCAGUGCACAGAUUUAAAGUAAUUGUCCAAUUGGAUUCCGAGACCUUGCAGACCGACUUGGAAAAUCAAUCUUUUUUUAAUCAUGUCAUAAUGUUAGUAAUGCAACGUAAAAAUAUUUUAGUACCAGGUCAUCUGUUUCCUGGGGUUAGUCUGCUGCCAGUUAUCUUCUAAUUAAUGCUUCCAUUCCAUUUUGGCCAUUUGGUUGUUUGGUUUGCAUAUAACAGUAGAAAAAUAUAUAUAUGAGAGAGAGAGAGAUAAAUAUAUUGCACAAAUUGUUAAUGUUUGUAUUCACCAUGUCCUAUAUAUUGAAAAGUUAUUGAUAUGACUGUUUUCCAUGUACUGUAGGCCUAUAAGACUGGAUGUUGAGUAAACAGAGGAUAAGAAGAUUCAGCAAGUGCCUUAAAGAAAUAUACAUUGAUGCUCAAUGUCUUGGUGUAGAGCUUACUUGCAUUUGAUUAUGUAUUUUUGGAUUGAAUAUAUACAGGAUGUAGGUAGGUUUGCUUGUUCUGCACAUUCAAGUAGAUAUGCAUACAAUGAUGAAGGCACUUCACUUUGAUCUGUUUCAGUUUAAUCAGAUCUGUAUUUUCUUUAGGCUUGCAGGAAAUGUUUCUAGCUAUAUUUUACUGUAAAGAUUACUGCUACUUGUUGUCACUUUAUCUGUAUUCUAUUUUUUAAUACGUUAUAGGAGUGGUCUAUUGUCUAAGUAAUGU